GUAACACUAUGAAUAUUUCGAAUUCGCGCUUUCAACGGAUACGACACCAAUAUCUCGCUCGCUCUAUGUUAGCGUACACUGACCAGGUGAAACCAAAUCCACUCAACAAAGCAUAAUCAUGAAGACUUUCAUCACACUGUUCGUUCUCGCUGUUUGCGUGGCUCCCCUCUACGCACUCGAUUGUUACACAUGCGGCUUCGUUUCUGGGUUCGGCGGAGAAGUGUGUAAAGAUACAUUUGACAUUGCCUCCCUGAAUAGCAGCAGUGACGUCACAACAAGCACUUGCAGUGGUUCGUGCGCGAAAACCGUCGUAACCGUCAAUGGAGAAGUGACGGCCGUUACCCGUUCCUGUUCAGGUGCCUGUACCGCUGGAUGUAUAUCCUUCUUCGGUAUCAAGACCUGCACAAACUGCUGCACUGGAGAAUAUUGCAACGGCGCCACCAACGUCCAUAUGAGCAUCAUCGCUAUAAUGGCAGCACUCCUGGUCGCUCUUGGAUUUUCCCGUUGAGAAAAUAAUGAAA